CGGCCACUCCACGUCCUAUUCAGUCUUUCACUCUUCGGCGUCCAUUCUACUUCACCUUUUCCUUUGGUCUCUACUCUCUCUCACUCACCAUUCGUUGAGGUAACCCCUCUUCCUCGAACCGCAGGCCAAGGCGCCUCUCUCCACUACAUCCUCUUUCCUUGAACUUCCCCUCUCUUUCCCUCUCCACUCCUUCCCGGCUCCGAGCUCGGCAGCCGAGCGUCAGUCCUCAAGAUGUGCAUCCCCAAGUCGAAUCACAAGAAGCUCAUCGACGAGUGCUACCCUGCGCCAAAGACGUUGGCCACAUCCGGCCCAGACUACAAGGCCAACGGCAACGAGCUGAGCAGAUUGGCCUACUAUGCCAACCGGAAGCCGGCCAAGCUUCAAAAAGUCGGAAAGGUUCUCGAGCAGCGUGCAUCCGCCGACGCAAAGGGUGUCUCUGGUUCGGGACAGGCGUCCGACAAGGCAAAGGGCGGACUGAUGAUCACCCUGGCCAUCACAAAGGAGCUGGUGACGGAAUGCAAGCGAGACCUCAACUACUUCUCCUCGUCGGUGGAAGCUAUCAUCGGUUCAGGUCUUCAAGCCGCCUCUCGCGGUGGUGCUGGUGGUUGUCGGGACCUUGACGUCAGCGCUCGCGCCGCCAGCACCUUCUACGCCCUCGCCAGCUUUGUUGAUCCCUCGACGGCCGCCGGCGACAGGGACGUCGGAAACGGCUAUCGAAACCUGCUCUCGCAGCUUGCGAAGCUUUCGACGGAGAGCAACCCGGACCGAGAUGAACAGAACAAAACUCGACUCAUCGGCCUCGGUGCUCUGGCUGGCGCAGUGGGCUCAGACGCCCUCUACAAGAGCUCUUUCGCAGAGCAAGCCUCCAUCGUCGUCCCGGCUCUCCUCGUUAACCUCCUGCCUGACGGCAUCGAUCUGCAGACCCUCGAGUCGGAAGCCACAAACGUCUCUCAGGGCUCGCCCACAUACGCAGACUAUGCAGCCAAGCGGAGACCCGUCGCUUCUCGCAGAGUGCCCUCUCUUGCUGGGCCACUUGGCGAGGAAAAAGGUCCGACCUCGGAGAAUGUGGCUUCGGCAGCCAUGGGCACGCUCCAGACGCUGCUCCACAACGGCGAUGCCUCUCAUGUGCAGACCAUCGUCGCCUCGGUUGUCAAGUUCCUCGAUGGCAAGACGGGCCUCGCACCCCAAUGGAUCAACAGAGAAUGGUGCUCCUGGCUUGCCAGGGCCAUCUGCCAGUUCACAGCGCUGCAGUACCGGUUUAUUGUCCUCACAGCCUUUGUCGAGUUCCUCAUCGAAGAUGCCGAUGGCAAGAUUGGAGAGAAGCAUUUCACCCUCGUCGCCAUGAUCACCCAGCUUCUCAAUGGAGACCUCAGCAUGAUUGGCCUCAGCACCUCGGAUACAGCCAACAAUCUCCUCGGCCUCGUCGUCCGGCGCAUCCACACCAACCCUCAGGACGCCAUUCUGCCCGCUCUGGUUGAAUGCAUCAGCGCUCUUGGCACCCACAUCUACUAUGCCGAUCAGCUCAAUGACAUGGCCGAAGAGGUCAGUGCGCGUAUCAUUGCUCUCCAGCUGCCCGAGCCCGACACCGCAGAGGCUGCCAAGCUGUCAUCCGGUGAUCGCAAAGCUGUCAAGACGAACGACUUGGCAAAGAAUGAGAGCAUUCGUGUGCUGCUCGCCUGCCUCGUCGGCCUCAUGAACCGGGCACAUCAGUCUAGCGGAGAGGUCCAGAAAGGCUCAGAUGGUGAAGCCAUUGGCCAAGAGAAGGGCAAAGCGGCCAAUGGCGACAUUACCAUCUCGGCUGCUGGACACCGCAACCGGAUCUCCACCUCCGUUUGGCACCAGACAGCCUCCCUUCUCGCUUCGCCCAACCACACUGUGCGACUGGCUUAUGCUCAGGCUCUUGCUGUCUUCCUUGAGACGGAGGUCAGCUCGAGCACGUUGGAAGAACGCAACGACCCUCUCAGCGAUAGCCUUGGCUCCAAGCUUAGCAUCGAGGCGACGGGCUUCACCCACUCCUUCUCGGCCGCUGCCUACGUGCUGGCUCUCAGCAAGACGCUGUAUUCACCCACGACCAUCAGAGAGAGCCCACUCGAGGGACUGACUGCCAUCGAUCGUGCCAAUGCAGACGAGGUGUCCAGUCACGCAUCCGGCGACAGCACCUCCUCGGCGCUGCCUGUCGACUACGCCGGCUUGAGCCGCAACCUGUCGCUGAUGUACGACCGGAUCCCCAUUGCCGCCGUACUUGGCACUGUGCCUGGUCUGCUUGCCUUGGAUCGCAGCAUUGGCUCUCGUCUCAGCGAGGCUGGCGGUAUCGGGGGCGCCUCGGCUCAAAAGAGAUCAGCCGCAAGAACCGUCGUCGUAAAGGCGUUCGACAAGAUCGCAGAGGUAUGGGAUAUUGGCACACUCAAGUCCAAAACCCGAUCUGCCCUCGCGCACACUGUUGCCGACAAUCUCCCCGAGCUCCCGCCAGCGCCACAGGGUCUGACUCUAGCCCCGGAAGCAGUUCCCUUCUCGGACUCAUCAUUCGUGGGCGAGAGCAGCUCCAACACGACAUCGACAGUGGAUGCGAAGACGGUCAUCGACAGCCUGUCAAACAGUACAAAGGUGCAGUCGGCCACGGGCCUCGACAGCAAGGCUCUCCAGUCUUGGUUCAGCCGCGACUGGUCAGUUUCGAUUGCCGUCGACGAUUCUUUCGUUGGUGCAUCGCCAUUCAAGCUGCCGGAAGAAGAUGGCGCACUGGGUGCUGCAGCCCCGACGCUGCCGAUGAGGGUCGUCGAUGGUUCCACGACGGGCUCCUAUGCACAAAGCACCACAUCCACAUCCAAAGGAGUAGGCAUCGACGACUUCCGCGAGGCCCUUGGCAACCGAUCAUACGGCUCGGGCAAGCGGCCUGGCGGCGGUGUGGGCAUUCCGUCGGAUCUCGAAGGUGCUCAGUCAUCUUCAAACGGCGGCAGCAUUGGCCUCAAUGGGUCCGCAGGCAGCCCCAUGGCCGACCGAAGGGCGAGCCGCCGCGUGAGCCGAAAGGUUAGCGCCCAGCAAAACCAAUCGUCGUCGUCGGAUACAUCUUCAACACUGCUCCCGCAGCAACAGGCGGCCAAGAGCAGCCUCGCGAGCCCACUCGUCAGCAACGGAAGCGGCCAAGGCGGGCUCGGUGGCUUGUUGGACAGCAUGCACGUCGGCAUCCCCGAGAAUUCGGUCUUGUCGUCGACGGCUGGUAGCAACGGCAACAGCAACCAGGCCUCGACUCCCGUCAUUCCGCCUUACGCCGCUUAGGCACCGCUCUCUUCCCACCACUAUCAACCACUGUCCUUUCUCUACUUUUCUAACAAGUCAAUCGACCCCCAAGUCACUCUUUUAGACCAGAGACGAGUCUCUCCGUCAUACCCGUCGUUUCCUUUUCCUUACCGGUAGAUCAUCCUUUACUUUUUGCACGAGAAUCCUUUUAGUCUAGAUUGCUUGGAAAAAAAAGAUAGCUUUACAUCCGCUCCAG